AUGGAGUCCCGCUUAGAUUCCAUUAGUAAACACAUUGAGAACGACGAUGAAGUUGAGUUCGAGAGAUCCUUGGAAGAGAUGUUAUCGACUCUCCCCAAAGGGAACAGCUGGGGAAAUUCUGAAAGUUUAGUUCAAUACCAAGGCUUCUGGUUCUUCCCGGGUACCCUAAAACGACUUGUUUCUGGUCAACAACGAUUCCAAGCUCAACCCACCGACAUCAUGCUCUGCAGUUCCCCCAAUAGAGGCACCACCUGGUCGAAAUCCAUCGUCUUCUCCAUCGUUACAAGAACUUGUUUCGAUGGUUCCAGCCCUUUGCUUUCCAAGACGCCUCAUGAGGUCGUGCCUUCCAUGGAGUUCGAUCAUGACAAUUUCUGGUUUAAGUUUGCGAAUGUUGUAGAAUUGGUUCACGAUAUCAUGGUGCAGAGUUUGUUCUAUGUUUUGCUUUCCUUUAAAUAA